CGCAUUGGCGCCUUCUUGGUUUGUUUUCUUACUAAGUCCCCCCCCUUGAGUUAUGGGGGAGUCAAAUAAUCCGGAAACUCAGAAUGUUGAGGUUUUUUGUCGUAUGAAACCUUUUCUUUCUGCGGGUACGCCAUGCAUUGAGUUCCGCGACGAGAAAACUAUCAAGUCAGUGGGUUAUCGCUCGGGUACAAGGAGAGAGACCUUACAUGUAUUCACUUUAGUCCUACCACCUGACGCUGGACAAGAGACUGUAUUCCAGAAGGUCGCGCUUCCGAUUGUUUCAGACGUUCUUCAGGGGAGAAAUGGCUUAUUGUUUACAUAUGGAGUAACUGGAAGUGGAAAGACCUACUCAAUGGAAGGUUCUUUAAAAAAUCCUGGAAUCUUACCCCGUUCCUUGGAUGUUGUCUUUAACUCUAUUGGACAGUGCCAAACGAAGAAAUACGUGGUAAAGCCUGACGGCAUGAACGGAUAUAUUGUUCGCUCAGAAGCAGACGCACUUGUCGACCGUCACCGCUUUGACUUGCAGGAGCGUUCGCGACUGUUAAGGUCUGAUGUCAGAUGUGCGGACAAGGGUGAUAGGACUUAUGAGUCGUCAUAUGUAGAAGUCCCUAUGAAAGCUCUGUUUGCUGUAUUUGUGUCUGUUAUUGAAGUUUAUAACAACAAUAUUUAUGAUUUGUUGCAAGACGUAUCGGAUCUCCCUGGAAGAAACUUAACAACUCGAAUACUGCGUGAAGACUCUCGAAGAAAUGUGUAUGUUCAUGGAGGAGUAGAAGUAGAGGUUAAGUCAGCCGAAGAAGCUCUAGAUGUUUUUAGCACAGCUCAGAAACGCCGUCGGAUCGGACAGACUGUCCUUAACGCCGAAUCCAGUCGAAGUCAUUGUGUUUUCACCAUUCGGUUGGUUCGAACUGGUUAUGACGUGAAGUAUAACGAGGCUGUUCAGGAUAAAGGGUCUAUCGUCAUCAGUCAGUUGUGUCUCGUUGACCUUGCUGGUUCAGAACGAAGUAGUCGUACUGGGACGCAAGGAGAUCGCUUGAAAGAAGCAUCUAAAAUUAACAAUUCUCUUAUGAAUCUUCGGAAGUGUAUCACAGCCUUACGUGAUAUGCAAACAAAUGGAGGUAAAAAUCGUGGAAACCCUAAUACUACCGGUGGACCCACACGUGUUGUUCCCUAUCGUGAUGCUCGAUUAACAUAUUUGUUUAAAAACUUCUUUGAAGGUGAUGGGCGUGUUGCAAUGCUUGUUUGUGUUCAUCAGGCACCAGAAGAGUAUGAAGAGACCAUGCAUGUGCUAAAGUUUGCUGAAACAAGCCAAGAGGUUACAACUUAUCGUACACCUGUCCAACCAAUUCCUUUCCGUACACCUUGUACACAGAGUCGGCCACGGAUACGAAAUGGUUUUCGUAAUUCUGAUCAUCGUUCAAGUGCAACAGGAAGUUCUGUCGUAACUAUUGAUAUCGAUGAUGAAGCAACGCAAAUUUUCAAUGAAGUCGAACACUUAGAUAAUGAAAUCACCGCGUAUAUUGACAAAAUGACUAAUGACGUCAAUGCGUUGGAUUCAGAUCCCGAUAUAACUGAUCUCAGUGACUCGGAACAGGAGAAUUGUGACCCGUCUGCUUGUGAAAGUGAACAAGAUUCAGCACCUGAAUCAGAAAGAUUGCCAAGAUAUAUACGUGAAUUUAUGAAAGUGAUGGAUACAAGACCGUUACAAGCUUUAGUUAAGCGACGAUUAGAUCUUAAAAAGCGGGCAUGUGCUUCUACAGAAGCAUUACUUCUUCAGUUGAAAUCUUUGAUCCCUGCGUCUCCAUUGGUGAACGAGACACCUACUUGUGCAGAGGUUACUACUACUACUACUAAUACUACUACUACUACCCCGAACAAUCCCAAACCUGUCAAAAAUUUAGUUAGUACACUAUCAAAACAAUGGGAAUCCCGAUUAGCCCAACAGCAAGCUGAGGCUAGGUCAGCAGUGCGUCCUAACUUUAAAAGAAUUGAUGACCGAUACGGAGUAACUCCAUGUAAACCAGUUGAACGACGUGCUGCUCCUCCAUUCAACCCUCGACAUCGUCGAUCUCGAUCAGUUGGUGCAGACAAUGGACGUUGGUUAGAACAUCAAGAAGUGAAUACUACUCCGCUAGGUACAUUGUUUACACCGAAUUUAAAACAUCGAAAAUCUGUAACUCGUGUUGAAUUGAAAGACACUCUGAAUGCGGAUAAUUAUCUUCUACAUCAUCAAGAGGCUGAUUCAGAUGGGAAUGUUGAAACUAAAUUAUUUAAGGGUGCUAUUAUUCCUACAGCUGGUGGUGGUUCAGCUGUUAUCUUUAAUGACGUUGAAGUUCUACGUCAAACUUCUCCUGUUCAUGAGAGGAAAAGUGGUUGUAUCAAUAGUCCUGAUGUUCACUUAAAACAACAGACCGAAACCAAACAAACUGGAGUCGUAACUCGUCAAUCAGCAACAAAACGACGUUAUUCUAAUUCAUCACCAACAAAACGGCUUUCCGCAGAAUCGAAUUCAACACAAGGUUCAUGUAAUUCACAGAGUACAACAUCAUCUGCUUAUAGUGAGAUUAGUCCACCGGUGAAGAGAAUUCCAGAUGUUGUAAUGAAUGAUGAAACCAUUCAGACAAGAUGUCGUAUAGGGAUUGACAGUAGGGGUGGAAUGGGUUAUCAACCAUCGCCUAGAGAAAGUCAUCCACAAAAGCGAUCCAAAAUGUAAAUUUAUGAGUGGAUGAAGAAGUGCAAAAAAAACACGAUCCACAACUCGACAACAAGAUCGAUAUUCAUUGUAUAUUUACCAUUAACAAAUAAAACGCGAAAAUCAGCUGAUCUUGCAGGAGAAAUAACAUGAAAUUUUUGAAACAGUAUCCUUUUUUUUAAAAAAAAAGACCCAAUUUUUUCUUGCUUUUAUUCACUGUGUCAUCGUCAUAUUCAUUCUCGUCGCCUAAGCUUAUUUGUGUUUUCAUUAUUAUUAUUCCUGCUUCCUCAUCAUUUCCUAUGACUUAAUCUUUCAUCUUAUUAUGCAGAUAACGUAAUCACUUUUGUACACACACAACUUUUUUCUUUCAAAUCGACAUAAUGUUUUCUAUCACUACUAUCAAAUCGGUCACAAUCAUUAUUAUUAUUAUUAAUGAUAUCAUUGGCUACCUUUUGUAUUUUAUUCUUUGUAACAAGACAAUGAAUACAAUAUUAGGUAUCAAUA